GCACGUAUUUGCAUCGUAUUUGCUUAUCGAGUCAAAUUUAAUCAGUUUUAUUGUAUUUGCGCUUUUGAGAGACGCUUUCGUUUAUUUUGGCUAUUUUGUGUGCCGCACUCAAACAGAUUUGGAUUUACAGUGCAAAUAUUUGUUUACCCCUUCCGUUCGACAGGCGAAUUGGAUCAAUAGAUCAGCGCACUAUUUUGACGGCCUUCUAGUGAGUUUUGUUAUUUGUUUGUAGUUAGCUAUGAACAAGUUAACUUUUAGGAUUAAAAACUUCCUACUUGUUGGAAAAAUCUAUAUGAGUUCUUUCUAAUACAGUGUGAACUGUUUGAAAUGGCCAACUGCCUUGGCUUUCCUUAAAUUAAUCUUAAUUGAAGUCAGCGUUGGUGGCCAGCGAUUAGCAUCACUCUUUGACCAUUAACUUCACUUCUCAUGACCAAAGGAAACGCGCAUCUGAAGUGCGUGGCAACCUCGAAAGUUUGCGAUGCGGUCAGCGAAGAAACUAAACUCGUUGCCCACACAAAUAAUUAUCGCUUGAGAGUCGAGCACUUUUGUGCGGCGGGAGGGGAGUGAAAAGGGGGGGUGGAGCGGAUACCGCAAGGCCAAUCAAAGCGUCAUUGAAACGGAAACGGAAACUGCAAGUCAAAUGGCAUUCGGCCACAGGAAAUGAGGCGCACAAGUGCCUUUUGGAAGAGUGCGAAGAUGGUGACCGCAUUUGCUACUCGGCGACCGCAAAUUAACGCGAAUAUUCCGCCGACCCACACUUCUGGCAUUGGCACUUCUUCGAGCACGAUUUCGAUUCUGAUUAUGAUUCUGAUGAAUUAUUAAACGAGUGUCCAAUGCAGAAGCAUCGUCGUCAUCGUCAUCGUCAUCGUCAUCGUCGUCUUGUCGAGCGAAUAAGGCAACGUUUGUCAACGUCUGAGGUUUUGGCCAGGCAUUUUCUUUACCUUUUUUUUUUUUUUUGACCAUUUUAUUUUGGUACUGCCUGAAUAAGCGCUCAAAUGAACACCGCAAUGAAUGUGCGCCGCAUGACAAAUACGUAAAGUUUCUUUUGAAAUUAAGCAGCAUUUGCUGCCAAUUCUUAACUACAUCAGCGCAGCGCAAACUUUGUCCUCUCACCCUUUGCCAAGUAGUUUUUCCUCUGGCUUCCGUUGGUUAGUUUUUACUGGGUGAUGCUGGCACGCGAAGAAACUGGACAUCAGCUGCAAAUAUUUUCUGUUUGUAUUAAUGUUAGCUUUAUGAAUGUUUUGGUUUAUAACGUACUAAUGGUUGUUGCUCAAUUAAAAAGCAAUUUGGCUUUGGUUUAAUCAAAACGGAAAUAUAAAUUUAAUUAUUGAACAAAGAUCACACAAAAACAUAUAAAUUUCAUUAAAUAGAUAUAUGAAGAUAAACUGUGUUAAGCAGAUCAACGGUAAAGUGGCGAAAACCCAACUCCCAUAGAAUUUAGAUACACAAAAGAAUGCAUGAUUUUUUGCAGUGUAUCGAAGGCCCAGAGGAGCUUGCUCAUUUCAAACUUUUGACACAGAAACUAAUUUUGGCAAGCAGGCGUCAGCCAGCCAACCGAGACGACGACUGCGAAGAGAAGAAGCCACAGUUGGAGAUGGCAAACCUAGAGCUGCAAGCGUCUCCGGAUUUUGCGACUCACCAAGUGGAUGCCUGGCCCUUUUUCCUUUCCCGUCUACCCUUUUGCCUUCUCGGUGGCUUUUCAUUCUUUUAGUGAUUGCAAUAUUUCAUUGCCUUUGCGGUUCGUGUGUUGCAUACUUUUGAGCGAUGUCGCUGAGGUUUGCCUUAAUUAAUUGCCACCACAAAACCCCAUCCACAGUGCCAGUUCCAGUUCGCGUUCCAAUUUUUAAUCCGCAUCUGCGAAUGCAGCUGCAUUUUUCGCAUGUGCCCUGCAUUCGAAUUUAGCAUUUGACUUUGAAUGGCGCUUUAAUUGUCAUUUGAUGUGAUUUAUACCUAAAACCGAAUACCAGUGUAGUAGAGACGCGCAAAUUAACGCUUAGCUGGCACUUCACUCGCCGUCACUGUCAAAUCAAACGCGCAGACCCGUCGCUUGAUUUAUGACGUUUUGAUUGGGCGAUAAGUGUCGAGAGUGCUGCAUUUGUGUCUCCCAGUGUUGUGACACCAUAUAUCUGGGUUAAAUCCUGUCAAAUUGAGCAAGGCUUUAAGCACUUCUGCAUUCAAUUCAAUUUGCUGUUGGGCAAACUCAUCGGCAAUACUACCUGCCUGUCGCUCUGUGGACCAGAAGCUCAACCUAAUAUGUUUCAAUUUCAUUGUGCACUCUGCUAAGCAUACGACUUGGCCAAAAUCCGGAGCUACACAGUGCGCACUUGUGCAUUGGGUAUGUGCAGCCAGAUGGAGAGGAAAAUUUGUACAAAUAUCCCUGGAAAAUAAGCCAUUAAACGAGGCCAGAAAGUGGGCAUUGAGUGUUUGCCCAUCAUAAAUUGGGCAAAAAUUGCCUGCAAUGUGCACUGCAAAAUCAGAGUGCAAAACUAUAUUAGAAGUAAAAUGGUAAACAGUUCUUGAGGAUAUUUUAUACAUAUUUGCCUUAAUUUAUUUUCAAACAUCUUAAUAAAACAUCUUACUAAAAUGAAAAAUGAAUAUAUAUUUAGAUGCAUAUAUCUAAUACCAAGUUUUAUAAACAACAAAAUAUUGCAAAUGCAUUUUUCUGUUGAUUAAUAUUCAAGGAAUAUCUGAUUGUAAAACCGAAUAAAUUAAAAAUCUAAUUUAACUUCAGCUCUCGUCAUCUUUUUUAUUUUAUCUUCUAAGAAAAAAACAGUGAAUGGUUUCGUGUCUAUUACAUGGCUAAAACGUUCACACCUUGCGUUAAUAAUGCAGCUGCGAAAUGGAGAUGCAUCCAGCGGAUAAAGAUGGAGAUACAAGCGUAGAUACAGUAUCUGGGGGCCAAGGAAGCGCGCCAAAGAGCACAGGCUGAUUGCAUUUCAUUUUCAAUUUAACUUACUUUUAUUUCGAACUGCUGCUUUCGCUGUUCCGUUGGUAAUACCGCCGUUCGAGCUGCCGGUCUUUGCAAUUACCAUCGGAGGGCAGACAACAGUUGGAAUUACAUUUUCAAUAUUUCCCAGCAGCAAAGCAAAGCAAAAGCAAUAGCAAAAACACUUGCAUCAGCUUCAUUUUUUCAUUCGCUGUGCCCUUUUCCCCAGAUUCUUGGGCACUAUGGCCAUAAAUUUUUAACUACAAGCUCUUGAAUGCAAUUACUUUUCAAUCUUUUUUUUUAUAUUUUUCUCCAAGAGUCCUACUCGUCUAGUCUGGCACACGCCCUAUGUAUAUAUGUUCUAUAGUUGAACGCGAAAAUUGCUUAUUUCAACAUUCAACUUGGAAAACUUUCGUUUCGUCUCGUUACAUUUUAAGAAAAAAUAAAAAAAAAGAAGCAAAAGUUUGCCAUAAUUUUGCCAGAGGUCUAUCACUUUUAUACCGCGUCCUCGAUUUUUUUUACCUCACUCCUUAGCUGUCUCAACUGAUUACUUUUAUUUUUGUUGCCACGUAUUUAUUUUAGAGCGGAAAAGUAGCUUGAACUUUGUGUUAUUUGAUCAGGAAUUUGACAUGAUGCUUUAUGCAGGGGCAAGAAAUGUAAAAUUGUGAAAAAAUUGCCCUCAAAUCCAGGCGACAUUUUUCCAUUUCACUUUCUCCUGAGUGCACUUUGCACUGACAAUGCAGUUAUGAAACUUGAACUCGGCGGUUUGGAACUUCCAAAGUCAUGCUCUCUACACAAAUAAUGCAAAAUGUGGCAGGGUGGUAAUAGAUAGGGAAGUAUUAGCUUAUGGGUGUCAUUUAAAUAUUACACAUUUAUAUCGCUUAAUGCGAUUACCAAAGAAGGAAAAGAAUUCCAUGGAACAUAUAGGAAAGUACUUUUAUUUAGAGUUAAGUCAACAUAUAAUUUGUAAGACAUUUUAUUAAACAAAAUUAGUGAGCAAUUUUUCUCAGUUAUGGCUGUCAUUAUGCAUAUCGGCUGCCGUAUUUUCUUAGAGAUCAUUAAUAAAUUCUUAAAGGAGUCGCAGCUGCCGCCGGUCGCUAAUCCUGUUUAGCAGUUAUCCCUAGCAUCCUGCGCUGCAAUUCACCCUUUUUCCGUGGCAGGAAAAUGCUUGUUCAUCCGGCAGAGGCAUGCAAAUUUUUCAGCUGCUUGGGAAAAUACGUUGUGUAAUGUCACUUAAUCUUUUUAUAUAAAUUGCCCGGGCGGCGGCCGCGUGAGCGGAUUAGUGAAACGGAUUAAGAAUGAAAGUGUUUGCAAAAUACUAAAACUUUACGACGGCCAGCAGAUUAAGAAUGAAUUGUUUUUUAUUACGCCAGCCGAAAAGGGGCAUAAGUCAAAAGUGCAGGUAAAGCGCAGGUAACUUUUUGUCGAUGGACAAGGAUUUAAAAAAAAAAAUGUCGGGACUCUGAAAAUGCAGGUAUACACAAGCAGCAGGAUGUGACUAGCUGGAAUGUAUAAAAACUAGAGUGGCUGUUGAAAGGACAUCAAUCCUUCUGCCAACGUUGGACAAGCAACAUCGGAUAUCAUUAUUCACCACCUGGAAAAUCUGCAACAGAAGCAGCAACGAAGUGCUAUCAACUUGCUAAGGAAAUCCGCACCGGACUUUGUGUUUUCAGUUACCUUAUCCAUCCGCACAAAUCGAACAAAAAUGCCACGUUACCAGAAACUCAUCAACGAAUGCGACAGCAAAUCUGCUGCAAAUUCCGCCCCACAACAGCAGCAGCCACUUGGGACGCCCAAUGUGGGAUAUCACCUGUAUCUGUACCGCCAGCAACUUUCUCAGAAAAAUGUGGAGUACAUGAGGUUGUCCAAGGCCAAGUACUUCAUCACCGACACACUGCUGGCCAAAACGGUUCGGAAUUUGAAAGGAUGCAGCGUCGACGAAUUGAAGACUGUUAACCAUCAGAUCGUCUUCCGGCACAAACUGCGUCACCAAAUUCAGCGACUCCGCAAGCUGAGAAGCCUGGGUAUCAAGAAUGCCAAUCCCAAAAUGGAGAGCACGGAAUUGUAAUAGUGAUCACAUACACACAGGAUCUUUUGAGGAAAGAAUAUUUGCCAGCUAUGAUUUAGGCAUAGCUCAAAGUUAUUCUGUAUUACCACUCACCUUUUUGGAAAUUUCAUUAGUUUAAGUGACGGACUGCGUAAAUUUAUAAAAUUGUAUUGUUUAAAAAACAUAUCAAUAAAUAAUCAUAAACUAUAAACGAAUAAAACAUAUCAUAUGAUAAACUAGAAA